AUGACAAGAUUCCCGACAUUGGCGCCUAUUCGUUUGGUGCUGCUGGAUGCCUUUGAUACGCUCGUGACACCACGAAGCGCUCCUCACCUGCAAUACGCUGCCGUUGCCAGAGAGCACGGUCUGCGAGUUGCGGAUAACGACGUCAAGGCGGCCUUCAAGCAGGCUUUUCGCACCACCUCGAUCCAACAUCCCAACUACGGUCUGGAGACCAACAUCGCUUCUCCCGACGAAUGGUGGAGGCUCGUCAUCCAGCGCACAUUUGCUGCUGGUCUCCACCCGCAUGUCACCACAGACCAGUACAGCGACUCGAUCGAAUCACUUUGCCAGCGCCUCGUCACUCGCUUCAGCACCAGUGAGGCGUACCAUUUGUUCAACGACGUGCUUCCCACCCUGCAACAGCUCUCGCAGCUCCGCCUCGGCAAUCAUGCCGCCAUCACCCUAGCGCUUGCCACCAACAGCGAUUCUCGCAUCCUUUCCGUGCUUAAGAGCUUCAAUCUAGAUCGAGUGCUGCAACUCGACCACCACGCCACAACGGCGCCACCAACGCUGUCCUACUUGGAAAAAUGUGCCAAGCCACAUGCACACUUUUUCCACGCUGCUAUCCGUCGAGCUUCAUCUAGCUCCAACACGAUCGAACCCGCCCACGUUCUAUACGUGGGCGACCAGCUGCACGAAGACUUUUGGGGCGCCACCGAUGCUGGCCUGCAAGCUGCGUGGCUGCAACGUCCCUCCACGAUCCAGAGCAACCAGCCAUACGAGCAAAUCAGCAGAAAUCGCGAUAGCCAAUCCGAGCGCGAUCAUGUGACGGCAAGCACCAUAACGAGCCUCUCGAAUCUGAUCGAUAUUGUCAGACAGAGCCAUACUCGAGCACAGGAAUCAAGAUAA